AUGCAUGAUGAGGAAGGAACUGGGACUGAAGCUGCCGGAGAUGACGAUUUCAUGAAGUAUUUUGCGAAACUCAGACGGGAAACCCUACCUCAUCAGGCAACAACAAAAGCAGAAGCUUUCCUGCUUGUGCUCACAUAUAUUGUCACUGCAGGACUGACAUGGGCACAAGUUCAAGGACUUUUAACUCUGAUCAAUGCCCUGUUUGGGGAGAAAGUUGUGCCAUGCACUACCUACUCCCUCAGAAAGUUGUGGAAAAGCAAAAAAGAAGCGUUGAGGGUACACUUAUAUUGUCAGGCCUGCCAUAAAUACCUCGGACUGUCUUGCGAUGCCAAAAACAAGUCCACUGUAACCUGUGCUUCCUGUGGUGCUGAAAAGAGGCUUCAAGAGUUAAUGAGUUCUGGGAGUUUCUUUUUAAUGUUUAACUUGAAGCAGCAGUUGCUGGAACUCUUGAAACAAGUUGGCAGAACGCUCCACACUAACUUACAGAAGCUGUCAUCAGGACCUCUAGUGCCAGGCGUAUUUUCUGACAUCACCGAUGGAAGUCUGUACCGUAGUGUACGAAAGCAGAUAAACAUGGCAUGGAGUGACAUCACAUUGACCUUUAACAGUGAUGGGGCACCUGUGUUUGAUUCCAGCAACAGCACAAUUUGGCCAAUUCAAGUAAUGUUAAAUGAGCUGCCAGUUUUGAUGCGGUGGCAAAAUGUGCUCGUCUCAGGGCUGUGGUUCUCAAGGACUCACCCACCGAUGCAUCUCUUCAUGACACAAUUUGUUGAAGAAGUCUCCAAUGUUGGAACUCUAGUGUGGUCUCAUGCUGGUAGGACCAUUAGAUCAGCAGUGCAUGCAGUUGUUUGUUGUGUGGACUCUCCGGCCAGGGCAGCUAUCUUGAACAGCAAGCAGUUCAAUGGAUACUUUGGGUGCAGCUGGUGCUUGCAGCAAGGUGAAGUUAUUGAUGGUACACUGAAGUACUCAUUUUGCAGCGACGUGUCUGGAAGGACACACAGUGGGGUGUUGAAAGCAAUGGUGGAAGCAGUGCAGAAGAAGGAACCAGUGUUCGGCAUAAAAGGUCCAUCCACUCUGAUCAAGCUGCGAGGCUUUGAUCUCGUCUGGGGCCUGCCUCCUGACUACAUGCACUGCGUCUUGGAAGGUGUGACCAAACAGGUUACUGAACUGUGGCUGUCAGCUACAGGUUCCACGUGGUAUAUUGGGAGGCACAUGAAGCUAAUUGAUUCGAAGUUGCUCUUGAUAAAGCCACCAAUAAUCUUUUGA